AUGAAUCCCGGGAAGCCUUCCGGUCCCAACCCCAACGGGGCUAUGGAAAGAAAGGGCUCAGUUCGCCGGGCAAGGGAGAUGCUUGAAGCUGGAAGACGCCCAGAGGCUCGAGGCCCCCCAGCGAACGUUCGACCGCCGCCGCCACCGCGUCCUAUCAGGGCGAACCAGGCUCAUAUGACCCAAUGGCCUUUGCCGAAUGAUAAUUUUCAGGGCCCUAUGGUUGACCCUAACGCCAGACUGUUCGUCCCCAAAGGUCCUCCGCCUCAGCGACCACCGCGCCCUGACCUGCCAUCCCCGUCAGUCUAUUCGGAGAGAAGUGUUUCGGAUGCUACGCCUAGCCCACUGCAUUUUCAACGCCCAGCAGUUCCCUCGUUCUCUCAACCUCUAGGACACCCGCCACCGCCGCCCCGUCCUGUCAUCAGAGAACCUGUCCCCCCCAGCCCUACCAGCCCCGAAGCCUCGACCCCUCGAAUGUCCGUGGCAACAGAUGAUCUUUUCAGACAAUCUGCGGCCUCUUCGAUUGGCUCAAUCCCUUCCAUCCCAGACUUUCCCUUUCCUGGCCAGCCUCUAACCGCGGAAAGCCAAAGACAGUUUCAUAAACAGCCGUCAAACCUUGCCCCGCCUCCAUUAGCACAGCUGCAUCCUGGUAUCAACCGUCAAUCCUCCGUUUCACCUAUACCUGAGGAAGGAUCUGACAGCCCCACCAUUCAUGAAGGAUCUUUCGCAUCGAGCAGAGUUAUCCCUUCAAGCUGGGGCUCUGCUCGUGCCGAGUCCGAUAUCCUAGAAACCUACCUCAAUGGCGAAUCUGAUGAGGAACACAGUCCCAAAUCCACGGGCGAAGAGCGGAACGUUACUCUUGUCCGACAAGCAAGCCUAGGCAAGAGAGGAGUGCCAGCUCUGCGCACCAUCUCACGAUCUAACGCAGAUUCGCCAUUGCCGCCACCACAAGAACCCAUGCCAAAACCCGUUCCACAAGAAGCCGCUCUCAAAGAGAUUGCUAUCGGCGCAACUGACCGAGAUUCAUUCUCUUCGACAUCCACGAGUUCGUCCCAUUUCAAUCUGGAAAAAGCACCGAUUGUAUUGGACCUUGGCCACCCACACCCUGUACCAAACCGCGCAAACCCUCAUAUGGGAGCAUUUGAAAAAGAGAUAGGCGCUCUUCCGAAGGCCGCUCCAACAAUGAGCGAUAAAAGGCCGGGCGCUCGGAGACCCCCUCGGUUGGACAUGUCGGCUGUUCGCGAUGCAGAGAAGCGAGGCAGUCUGACAAGUCUGCCCGACUUGAUUCGACGUGCGACGAAAUUGGCCUCGAAUUUGGAACACGGGCGGACGGCCAGUAGGAAUGAUCUACUUAACCCUGGUGGAGGUCCCAGAUUUGCCGGAAAUCAAUAUCGCAGAUCCGGAUCAAUCAAGGAUCUCCUCGCAUCAUUCCCUCCACCCGCCGCCACACCAGAAGGAGGGCGCGGGUCACCGUGGCCUGUCUUUUUCCGAAGGUCUACUCUGCACCACAUCAAGUCUAAUGAAACUGUGUCGGAGGCGGAAGGUAACGAGAAAGUUGAAAAGCGCCCUCGUCGUUGUUGUGGAAUGCCUCUUUGGCUGUUCAUUCUAAUCUGUGCCUUGGUCAUCGUUAUCAUCCUCGUGGCGGUGCUCGUCCCCGUCUUCCUUGUCGCCAACAAGAACAGCGGUUCAAGUUGUGAGAGUAACUCGCCAUGCGCCAACGGGGGUGUUAGUGUUUCUAGUGGAGAUGUCUGCUCCUGCGUUUGCUCGAACGGAUAUACUGGCUCGCAAUGCACGAUUGCCGGCGACUCCAGCUGCACCACCACUCAAAUCGGCUCAGGCUCUUCGUCCAAGAAUGCCACCAUGGGCAGCAACCUUCCACGCUUGUUUGACAACGCACAGAGUGAUUUUGGUGUGCCUCUGGAUUCGGUCACAAUUAUGGCCCUGUUUAGCCAGAACAAUGUCUCCUGCACCACCGAAAACUCGCUCGUUGCCUUCAAGGGCGUGAGCACGGGAUCUAGCAAGGACCGUCGCACCCUCCUAGUCGCACCUGAUUCCGAACAACCGUCCAUCCCAGACCAAGCAUCGUCCUCCGACUCCAAGCCACCAACCCCAACCACUCUGAACGUGCGUACACGGACGCUCGCUGCUCGAGCCCCGGCCGGCACUGUGAACGGCAUUGUCUUCGAUACCUCCGUGCCGACGGGAACCAUGCAACCACUGACCUUCACUGGUCUUCCCACGGCAACCCAAACCGAGCCGGCAUCGCACACGACCACCACGUCAUCUGCUACAUCGACCGCAACGGCAUCACCCACCUCGACCACGGUCUCCACAAAAGUCGUCGACUUCUCCCGCACCGCUGUGCUUUACAUCUUUGAGAAAACCGGGGCCUUCCGAGCCGCUACCUACUCGGAAGAGAAGAUCCAAACAUACUUAUCCAAGUCGUACCCAGACUCCGACCGCAAGGACUUCAGUAUUGACCUCACUGAUUCCGGCGUCAAGGGCACUUUCUCUUUGGACUUUGAGAAAUACAAGAUCACCUUGCCGAAUGGAGAUGUCGUUGGGGGUAAUUAA